AUGGAUUGGUUUCACUGUAACUGGUGUUUUCGAAAAGAUGGAGACAAUUUCUUUGUCACCAGCUGUGGCCAUAUUUUUUGUAAAAAGUGUGUGACUCUGGAAAAAUGUGCUGUUUGUGGAACUGCCUGCAAGCAUCUGGCUCUUUCUGAUAAUCUGAAACCUCAGGAGAAGAUAUACUUCAAAAGCCCUGUGGAGACAGCUUUGCAGUAUUUUAGUCACAUCUCUCAGGUGUGGAGUUUCCAGAAGAAACAAACAGAUCUCCUCAUCGCCUUUUAUAAGCAUAGAAUUACAAAGUUAGAAGCAGCCAUGCAGGAGGCACAGCAGACGGUGACCAGCCAGGAAAAAGAGCUGUCAGUCUUAAAGAAGGAGAAUGGAGAACUGAAGAAAUUUCUUGCCAUCCUAAAGGAAUCUCCAAAUUGGUACCAAGGAAGCAGGUCAGCCACACCUCGACCAGUAGGCAUUACUUCUCCAUCACAGUCAGUUACUCCACGACCCAGUUCUCAGCACAGCAGCCAAGUGGUCAGUCGAUCCUCCUCAGUGGAGUCUGUCCCUUACAGAAUGUCUGGAUUUACUAGCUUGGGACAAGGAGUCAGAGGCCUACAAGGAAAAAGUACUCCCAGAGACUCAUAUAUUGAAACCCCUUCACCAGCUUCCACUCACAGCCUAUCUUAUAGGCCUUCACCUGCCUCUUCUGGACAGGGGAUUUUUUCUUUCAGACCAUCCCUAAAUGGUGGGGAUUCAGGCCACACAAGAGCCCUUACCCCCAGUAAUUCAGGUCAGAGGGAAAGCAGAACCCCACUAGAGAGUCUUCCUGGUUUCCAGCUACCAGUCCAGCAGACUCUGUACAAACAGAGACAGAUGGGAUUAGCCAGGGCAAGAGAAGCAUGGACUACUUCCAGAUAG